AUGACCACGGAGUCCCCAGCUCUUGCACACGCCUUGGUCGCUUGGUCGUGUGGACAUCUGUCGUCUGUUGACAGCUCCUAUCAUAUCACCGCACUGGAAGCGCGAUCAAAAGCACUACUAGAACUUUCAAAAGCCGUUUCAUCUCCCGAUGAGACUCUCCGUGAGUCUAACGCAGCCGCUAGUCUUGUGCUAAUGACAUCCGAAGUCUGUCUCGGCGAUCAUACGAAAUGGCUCAAUCAUUUGGGUGGUGUUAAACAUAUUAUCUUGUCUGCUCAGCGCCGAAAUAUCUCUGGGGGCCAUUUGUUACACGGACCGGAGGCGUUGAAGCAGAGUCCAGAGGGCCGGUGGAUACUACGCAAUUUUGCAUAUCACGACGUCCUGGGCAGCGUGACUCUAGGACAGCCUCCUUUGAUCAACGCUUGCUACUUGAAGGGUAUAACCGAUGAGGUUGACACUUACCUUGGCUUGGCUUCCGAGGUUCUGAUCCUUCUUUCAGAAAUAAGCUGUCUUGACGUUUUGAGAUUAGCCAAUAGCUACGUUUUGAUGAACGAGGCAGACCCCUCAAACACACAAAAGUCGUUCCAGGUGAUGGAGCGGGCUCUUCGAACUUGGACAUGUCACAAAGAUGGAAGUUUAACAUUAACAGCGUUGGCAUAUACCUAUCGUGGGGCCGGUUUACUUUUUCUCUACCGCCAGACUCUUCGCGGGAUGCGACUGCUUCCUUAUUCCUCCCCUGCGGACCAACACCGAGAUUUUCACCGUUUGCUGCACUCCAAGAUUCAAACCGAAGUCGCUUCAACUCUACAAUUUGUUACCCGCGUCCCAUUGAGCGGGUUCCCAGAGGCUGCCCUUUUAUUUCCUCUUUUCCUCAUUGGUGGUGAGGCUAUGGACCCAUUGCAUAUCGAUCUCGUCCGUACGCGGCUGCAACUCAUGCUAGAAAAGCGCCAUUUCCACAAUAUUCUGCGGGCAUUAGAGGUGCUCGAGGAUGUUUGGAAACGUCGCCAAUAUCACCAGGAAACUUAUGACGUUGACUGGCAAGAUGCAAUUGACAAUAAUGGAGGGGAGCUGCUUUUGACAUGA